AUGACCGAAGUAGCAGCAAAAGUAGCAGCAAAAGUAGCAGCAAAAGAGCUGAUUCCACGUGAGGUUACGGUACAGAUUGCGAGCGAUAUAGACGACGUCAAUGGGAUGAAAGUGGAGGCAUCACCUGAGCGUGUCAUUUAUUUCCGAGAUUUAAAUUCGUGGGAUAUUCCACAAGUGCGUCAACUGCAUGAGAAAUGGUUUCCCAUUCGUUACAAUCAGUCGUUUUAUGACGGUGCAGCAAAAGGUCUUUGGAUGGAAACAGGUGGUUCAUUAUUUGCACGUCUAGUGGUGGAAAUGCAGCCCUCGAUGCAGUUGAUACAGCCACAUUUGGAAGACCGACGAGCUGAAACUAUUCUUGGUGUGGUGACGGCCAGUACGCUGCCUUUAAGUAAAGUGGACGACCCGGGUUUAAUUGCAUCGGAUGACUGGGAACACACUGAAAUCAUGUACAUCUUGACAUUGGGUACUAGGGUAUCUGUUAGAAGGAUGGGUAUUGCUUCGGCCUUGAUACAGGAAUGCAUUGCUCAAGCUUGUCGUCAACCACAGUGUGGAGCCGUCUAUCUUCAUGUAAAAGCCGACAACUUGAAUGCUCGACAUUUUUAUGAGAAGAAUGGGUUCAAAAACUUGCGGUUUUUGCAAGAUUACUACAUGAUUGACGGUGUUCGGCAUGAUGCAGUUCUAUACAUUUGCUAUGUGAAUGGUGCUGCCCCACGAAGUGAUUGGUUUGAUCUCAUUACAAGACCGCUGUUAGCAUUGUUUUCGAUCGCUUCAUUUGGCUGGAAAAAGCUUGUCGAGGGGUUUACUGUGGAGUUCCACCAAAAAACUUGCCCCGACGCUACUUUCAGCUCCGCUUGA